AUGCCUUCUCCCAAGCAAAGAAAGGUCGCUAUUGUCGGCAGCCGCUCCGUCGGCAAGUCGUCUCUAGCGGUACGAUUCGUCGACGGGCACUUUGUCGACAGCUACUACCCCACGAUCGAAAACACUUUCAGCAAAAUGAUCAAGUACAAGGGACAGGACUACUCAACCGAGAUCGUCGACACAGCAGGCCAGGACGAGUACAGCAUUCUCAACUCCAAGCACUUUAUCGGCAUCCAUGGCUACAUGCUCGUCUACUCAGUGUCGUCGCUGCCAUCCUUCGAAAUGGUGCAGGUCAUCCGCGAGAAGAUUCUUAACCACCUGGGCACUGACUCCGUUCCUAUCUGCAUUGUCGGCAACAAGAGCGACUUGCGACCCGAGCAACGACAGGUCACCCCCGAAGAUGGACAGAAGCUCUCCGAAAAGAUACAAUGCGGCUGGACCGAGGCGAGCGCACGAUACAACGAGAACGUUGGCAAGGCCUUUGAGCUCCUGAUCGGACAGAUUGAGAAGUCGCAGAACCCCGGCGAGGCACCAGCCAAGAGCAACUGCAUUCUGAUGUAA